AUGACGAUGAUUAUGGAGAUGACGAGCCAGGUGCUACAGAAGGGAGCAGCCCCGAUACCGGACUCGGCUCAUCAGUCAGCGAUAGAUAUCACCGCUCAGUUCAUCUAUGAACGUCUGAAUCCGAAACUUGUUGCUAACCUUGUGCUGAUAUCUCUGGUUACGUUGCCUGAUGAAAUGCCAGCAGCAUUCGCUUCAAGUUUUACCCAGAUUGCCACCGCAGGAACUGAGCAACAUCGGCGUCACCUUGCUCGUAGUAUGGCUACCCAAGCUACAGCCCAAGAACUUGGUCCAGGUGCUGAACAAAUGCGCAAAGAGAAGUUGGCGAAGUUCAUG